AUGGCGAUCACAGGCACAGCCGACGCAUCCCACGGGAACCUGAAGAAGCUUAACCGUCGAAGGAGCUUCAUCGCCCAUCUCAAGCGCGAACAAGUCUUCAGUCUCUCUUUGAAAAAAAUGGUCUGGUUCAACCAAGCCGCCCUCUUCCUGGGCAGCGCGCUGCUGGUGGCAGAUGUGCUCCCCGUCGGGGCCGUCCGUACCAUAAUCCCUAAGACGAGCUUCGACUCCCAAUCCAACUUCGACGCCGACUGGAACUACCUCUACCCCUGGGGCACCGACCACAACGGCGGCGCUCGCAUGACAAAGGACAACGUCAAAUUCAGCGGCGGCACGUUGACCAUUACAGCCAACAAGGUCAGCGGGCAGCCUCAAGCGACGCACGGCGGGCAAAAGAUCAACAUCAACUACCUCAGCGGAGCGAUUCAUGCAAAGGAGCACUUCAACGUCUCGCGCGGGGGCGGGUACGACUUUAGCGCCGAGAUCAAGGCGACGACGACAAAGGGCACGUGGCCCGCCUUCUGGCUGACGGCCGUCCAGGGGUGGCCGCCAGAAAUCGACAUGGCGGAGUGGAAGGGCAGCGGCAAGGUCAGCUUCAACACGUUCAACACGAGCUCCAUCGUCGCCGCGAAGGACGUGACGUACCCCAGCCCGGGCAACUUCCACUCGUUCAAGUGCGAGACGAGGGACUUGAACGGCAAGGACGUGCAGGCCAAGUUCUACAUGGAUGGCAACCUCAUCACGACGCAGGUGGGCGCCGGGUAUUUUGGGAAGCCUAUGUACUUGAUCAUCAACUUGCAAAUGGAGGGUUCCUCCGGUUCGCCCGGCCCAACGAGCAACACGGAAUAUCAAGUCCGAAACCUCGAGGUACUGAGUUACAAUCCUUGA